GACGCACGCUUCCGGGAGCCAUCAGUCGCUGCUGCUGCUCUUCGUGUGCCCACAGCGAGAGGGAAAAUGUCGGCGCGCUGUCGACGGGGCUCGCCGUGCCGCCAGUGAACAGCCCGUCCGCGUUGACGCGUCAGAACCGUGCGCAUCGCCCCCGGGCCCGGUGACCCUGACUGGCCGAAAUCCGGCCCCGUAUACACAUAGUCCCCCAUACGCCACGGUCGUCGCGUACCCUCGAUUUGGCACGACCUUCGCGCGCCGCGAGAGAGAGAAAGAGAGAAAGGGGAGCCAGCGAGCGAGCAAGAGAGAGAGAGAGAGAGAGACGGCAAGAGGGUGAGAGAUAUUGCGGAACGGCUGGGAGCGCGAGCGAGGGAGAAGGACGGCGAGCAGGUGCGAAACUACACCGCCGUGUGUAGAGGUCCCCGCGUUAAGGUAGCGCAAAAGGGAAGAGAGGCCAGAGAGGCGGAGAGAGAGCGUGGCGGUGGAGUGAAGAGAGAGAGAAGGCAUACGGAGGAGAGCAGUGACAUGGCGUCGUUAGCGAUGUCAAUAGCGAAGAGUGAAUUCAUCGUGGGUGGCAAGUACAGGCUGAUGAGGAAGAUCGGCUCGGGCUCCUUCGGCGACAUUUACCUCGGCAUCAACAUCUCCAAUGGCGAGGAAGUCGCUGUUAAGUUGGAGAAUAUGCGAGCCCGACAUCCGCAGCUUCUAUAUGAAUCAAAGCUGUACAAAAUAUUACACGGUGGUAUAGGAAUACCACACAUACGUUGGUAUGGACAAGAACGUGAAUAUAAUGUUCUUGUCAUGGAUCUUCUUGGGCCAUCUCUGGAAGACCUCUUUACUUUCUGUUCAAGAAGGUUUACAAUCAAGACAGUCUUAAUGUUGGCGGACCAGAUGAUUGGUAGGAUUGAGUAUGUUCAUUGCAAACACUUCAUCCACAGAGAUAUAAAGCCAGAUAAUUUUUUAAUGGGAAUCGGGCGACAUUGUAACAAGCUAUUCCUCAUCGAUUUCGGAUUGGCUAAAAAGUAUAGGGAUAGUCGCACAAGAUUGCAUAUAAUAUACCGUGAAGAUAAAAAUUUAACGGGCACCGCGAGGUAUGCGUCUAUCAACGCGCAUCUUGGAAUUGAACAGAGUCGUCGCGACGACAUGGAAUCACUCGGCUACGUUCUUAUGUACUUCAAUCGAGGAUCGUUACCGUGGCAAGGUCUCAAAGCCGCGACGAAGAAGCAGAAGUACGAGAAAAUUAGUGAGAAAAAAAUGUCCACGCCAGUAGAAGUCUUAUGCAAGGGAUUUCCUGCAGAAUUCGCUAUGUAUUUAAAUUACACGCGAGGUCUACGCUUUGAAGAAAGCCCGGACUACAUGUAUUUACGCCAACUUUUCCGCAUACUUUUCCGUACAUUGAACCAUCAAUAUGAUUACACAUUUGAUUGGACGAUGUUGAAACAAAAGGCAGCAAGUAGUAAUAUUAGCGGUGGAGUGUCAACAGCUGGACCAGGUCUUUCUCAAGGUGCUCAAGGUGCUCAGGGGCAGGGACAGGGACAAGGUCAGGCACCUACUCAGGCCAACGCUCAAUCAGGAGCGCGCUAAGACUAUAACUCCUCAUUGUAGCAACAAUCUUGAUCGCGAUCACUAAAGUGUUUCAAACGAGGUACCGAAUUUCUUACAGAAGUUAUCAUUCGAAGAGUCAUAUCAGUCAACACUCUAAUUUCGCGCAAAGAGAUAACGUGAUGUAAUGUAACAAAAGAUGUCAGCAUUUCCGCAUAUACCAGAGGGGAAGCGUGAUUGUAUCACAUAUUUACUGAGCCACACACACACACACACACACACGAGAUGUUGUAACACUGGCAACUUAGAGUUUCGGCUGAUUGAACUUUUUGGAAUUGGAAAUCCGAGUGAGAGACCAGCCAGCCAGACAAAUGGCUUGUUCUUACUUUGUUAUUACGUGUUUAAUUUACCGUUGGUAAUCAUUGGAAAUAAAGGUUUUGUUGCCCUGAGGAAGAUAUUGUGAGGGAGUAAAAACGUAUUAUAUCAGGCUUGAGUGGGUGAUUCAAUUCGCGAAAUUGUGCGACUUUCAUGGA